UCGGCUGCCGAGUCGACUCCUCGCCCUGGGAAAGCAGUGUUGCAGAUCCUGUCCAUCCCCGGGCCCGGCCAGUCCUGCAGACUCUUCCAUAAGGCCCCCAAAGAACUCUGGAAAAUGAAGUUCAACUGCCUCUCCUUUCGCCAGCCUUAUGCAGGCUUGGUCCUCAGUGGUGUCAAGACCUUGGAAACGCGCUGGCAGCCACUGCUGAGGGAGCAUCAGAAUGGUACCAUUGCCAUCCAUAUAGCCCAUAGGGAUUGGGAAGACUCUGCCUGGAGGGAGCUGCUGGCGAGGCUUGGCAUGAACCCCAUUCAGAUUCAGGUAUUGCUGCAUGAAGGGGACAAGUUUGGCCGUGGAGUGAUAGCUGGACUUGUGGACAUUGGGGAGACAUUCCAGUGCCCAGAAGACUUAGUUCCUGCAGAGGAGGAGCAGCUGGAAAAUCAAGCUGUGUUGAGCAGCCUGAAACACAAGUACCUGACUAUACUCUCCAACCCCAGGUGGUUACUGGAACCCAUCCGCAGACGUGGCGGGAAGGGCAUCUUCCAGGUGGACAUUCCAGAGCACCUCAUCCCUUUGGGGCAGGAGGCUAGUGAGUGGGAUGGAGAAGGGAAGGAGAGACCAGCUACAUCUCAACCCUGUCACCACUCCAUCACUUCACAGAGCAGCCAUCCAGGUUCAACCUGAACCCUACUGCAGGAAUCCAGUGUUUAGCUGAUGAAGAAGGGGAAGGAGAGACCAGUUAUAUCUCGACCCUGUUAACACUCCAUCACUUCACAGAGCCUGAACCCUAUUACAGUGCCAAGCCUGACCCACCAUGUCUUAUUCACGGCUCUCCUCACACAAGAGAACAGGUCAGGGACCCUCCUGGUGAGCCCCUCUCUAGGAUCAUGCACAGGGCUUCAAGUGCUUAGAGUUAUAGAAUAGAGGAAAAGUUAGUCAGUGUUCUGACAUGACCUCUAGUUUGGUCCUGAUUUCUGGGUUCUUCCAAUAAGUAUG